AUGGCUGAGUACCUUCUCCGUCGCACGGCCGGGGGCUUCUGCGCGUCUGAGACCUGCGUGGUGCUGAUCCUCAUCGCUGUGCGGCUGCUGGUGGUCGCUGCAUGCCUCACCUACGGGCGCAGGAUGCCGGACAAGCCCAGCCACUGCCCCGCCUCAGAGGCCGUCCAGGCCGACACUGAGGUCGGCGAGGUGAACGAGCUGGUGAGGCAACUGCCCCAGGCUCGGAACACCGCCGAGAUUUUCGGCCUGUUCCUGGAACAGGUGGAAAAGCUGUUCCCAUUCAUCAUGCAUGCAAGUGUGUUGCUUCUGCCAAAAGACAUCAAGAGCAACAAUGGCAACAAUGCCAGUCAUGGCUUCCCUUUUAGCUCCAACAAGAAUGGGAAUGGCAACAAGAGCAAGCAGGUCGUGGUUGCUUUCCCGCCACCAGACAAUACCAUACGGCAGUUUGUGGAGAAGGUGCUGGCAUUCCGCCCUUCCAACAACCUUGACUGGACAAACUGCUGCGUUUUCAACCUUUACAAGGGCAGGGGGCCAGUGGUCCAGUCACCACCUCAAUGGCCUGUUUCCUGUGCUGCAGCCUACCACUCAGGGGUGGUGGUGUCCGACGUAGUGAGCACACCAGACUAUGCUGAGCGAGGACCCCACUUUUUAGAUUGGAAGGCCCUGCAUGAAAAGGGAGCAAAGUCCAUGGUGGCAGUGCCGAUGUACUCAUGUAAGCAAGUUGUGGCAGUCCUAUGCCUGGCAUCCUCAGCCAACAAUGCCUUUGACAGGGAGAAUGUUGUAUCAUUGUUGGCAUCUGUUUUGGCGCCAUAUGCGAGAGCACUGAAGUACACUACAAGGAGAAUGGAGAUGCAAAAGCUUGUGAAUGACAUUAUCACACCACUAGCCGCCAAUCCAAAUCAAAAGAAUCAAGGUGACUGUGGUGCUGCAAGUGAGGAAGUGACAUUGAAAGAUGGAAGAUCUGGACACAACGCCGAGAAGGCGGGUAAACGGUCUGGGGGUGGUUUUGGGGGCAGUGCAAAGAGUGGCAGCGCUACCUGGGGUAAUGAGAGUAAUAAGGGCCAAAAGCAGCUCACAGCCAUCUCCCCACCUGCUGGCACUGGCAGCAGUGGGGGCCCAAUGGGGGCAGAUGACCAGAGUAUCAAGCGGGUUGCCAGGAAGAGAGAGCCAGCCAUUCGGAACAACCAUAUGUUCGAGGUAGACCAUUAUGGGUCACCCCAGGACUUAGAUCUUGACUGGGGAGACUUCUUCUUCAACCUCGUCAGCAUGUGCAUCGUGUACGUUUACUUCACAAAGGCCGCAAAGGAGAACGGGGAGACCCCAAUCGCCAUAUUGCUCUGCAUGGGGGUGGCAGCAUUUGACAUAGUGCUGCUACUUUUGCGCUGGCUGUGGUUUGAGCAGUACAUACAUUACGGUAGCUUUGUGCUGUAUGUAUUUCAAAUAUACCGCGUGGUGGUGGUGCCUGUGGCAAACACUUGGAUGUCCUGGCGAGUGCUGUGCACGGUGCCCUAUGAGCCUGACAUUUACAUCGUCCUCCUGCUUGGCUUCAUGCUGGUGGCUUGCGUGGUGCUUGGCGUUCAGGUCCGCUUUUUCCUUCACGCCCCUCUUCAGCUGGUGUCCGUGUUCUUUGCAGCAGCCAGCACAUCUGACGUGUGCAGCGCGCUGUACAGCAGCACCCCUGGCGUCGGCUGCAUCGGUGUAAUCUCCGCUCUGCAGCUGUCCCUAGGCCUGCUUCUGCCGUCGCUGGUGGUGCACUGCCUGGACAACAAAGCAGCGCCGACGUACAUGCCGCAUGUGCAGGCCAAGCGUUGGCUUGUGCAUCCCUGA